AUAUUGACAUUGUUUUUGUUACACGUCAUUUGGAGGAAAGCAGCAAAUUAUAUUAAACAUUAAUAAAAUAUAAAUUUUUACCAACAAAAUGAGUAAAUCACUGCAGAACGAGGAAGAUACUAACUCAACGCUAUUUUAUGCGCGCAAUGAGUACUACAUCGGCAACUUUAUGGGUUCCAUCAAUUUUGUGUUGCCUGAACAAGGUACAGCUACUACGGAACUCCUCUCGUAUAUGUAUCUCUCAUACUUGGCUAUCGACUCGGGUCGCCUCAUCGUGACCGAUAUAAAGGAGAACAAUAACACAGCCUUGUUAGCAUUGCGUUACGUGCACGAAGCGUUCGAACAACCAUCUAAAAUUGAAAACAUACUUGACAAGUUAACUGACAAAGUUGCCACCGAGGAGGACGAAACUAAUAUUUGGCACAUUGCCACAGCCAUUGUCUACUGCUAUGAUGGACAAUUUGAAAAUGCAUUAAAAAUCAUACAUGGCUCCAAAAAUCUGGAAUCAAUGGCUUUAGGCGUACAGUGCCUGUUGCGGUUAAAUCGCAUUGAUUUAGCAAAGCAAGUCGUAUCUAAAAUGCAGGAAAUUUCGGAUGACGCUACUUUGACACAAUUGGCUCAAGCAUGGCUUGCGCUAAGUCUUGGCACCGAACAGAUGCAAGAUGCAUUCCAUAUUUUUCAAGAAUUUUGUGAAAAACAUAAUCCGACACCGUUGCUAUUGAAUGGACAGGCCGUGGUUCAUUUGGGUUUGGAACGAUAUGAAGAGGCGGAGGCUGUUUUGCGUGACGCUUUAACUAAAAAACACAAUGAUUACGAUACACUCAUAAACAUGAUGGUAUUGGCACAUUUAACCGGAAAGUCGCAAGAAACGAUUGCUCGCUAUUGGGAACAAUUGAAACAAUUUCAUCCAAAGAGUGAAUUUGUUUCCGAUUUGGAGAAGAAAUCAACUGAAUUUGACAAACUUUGUUUACAAUAUUCAUUGGACGGAGGCGAAGCUGUACAAGCAUAAUUUCGUUAAGAUUUAUAAAUUAUAUUCCCUGCUAUAUUCAAACAUAUAUACAUUUAAAUAAAAGUAAUUAGAUCGAAA